CUUUCCAACACUGUGCAGGCCCUUAGAGGAAUCAUUUUUGUAACAGUUUAACCUAAGAAAGCUGGAAGACUUAAGGAGCUCAAAAUGUCCAUUGCCCAGGCCGCGGCCAAGGCCAUGCUAUCUGAUGCCCUGCUGCAGGGCGGGCCCGGGGUGAACCGACUCAGCCACCUGGAGCUGGAGCUUCCUUUGGACAAGGUUAUCAAGUUUGUGUCUGUCGGCCUGCCGCUCAUGUUGGUGGGCAUGGCCUUCGCCCGCGAGAUCUCCCUAGGGCCUCAGAUCAGCUGUUUCCCUCCCAGCAAUUUCACGAUCAAGCAGGCCAGCUAUGUAGACACAUACUGCUGGGACUCUCUGAUGCAUCAUGAGUUUGACAGUGAUGGGAACUUUGAAGAGCGCUCACUCUGGGUACACAAAAUGUUUCCCUACUCUCUCCUGGCCAUGGCGGUCUUGAUGUACCUGCCGGCUCUGAUCUGGCGCCAGCUCGUCAUGCCAACACUGGGCUCCGACCUGCUUUUCAUAAUUGACGAACUGGACAAUUCUUACAACCGCUCCAUCCGACUGGCCCAGAGCAUCCUUGAUAUGCGUCAGAACACGAAGAACCCGCUCACAUUUCAGGCUGAACUGCAACGGGCCAAGAAAAAGCGAUACUUUGAGUACCCUCUACUGGAGAGAUACUUGCGGUGCAAACAAAACUCCUAUUUCCUUGUUAGCAUGCUUUUCUUGAGGGGCUUCCUCCUUCUGACCUUCAUGACAGCUGCCUGUCUCUACCUGGCCUACUUCCACCUCUCCGCCUUCCUGCAGGACGAGUUUAGCUGCUUUAUACGCACUGGAAUGCUGCGAGAUCAGAACUGGGUUCCUGAACUGGUUCAGUGUAAAAUGAUUGGCCAGUUGGUUUUCCAGGUGAUAAGCGUGGCAAAUGGUGCCAUUUAUGUCCUGUUGGCUCCUAUCGUCCUCUUCAGCCUGCUUCGUCUCUUUGUUUGGGACACCACUUUCAUCUCUGUCUACGAUGUCCUCCCUGCCCUUGACCUCCUCAACCGCCGCAGACUGGGCUGCCCACUGAAUGACCUCAAUGUCCUCCUGCUCUUCUUGCGAGCCAACGUAGCUCAGCUGAUGUCCUAUGGGAAAGUGAGGGCACUGUGCUCCCUGGCGCCACCACAGGUGGGCGACACCACUGCAGGGCAGGGAUUGAAUGCAAUGCUGACCCAAGAGGAGCUGGAAGAGCGUGAAGAGGCUGCAAUGGAGCUGGCAGAGGAGGUGGGGGAGGCCAAGGAGGAAGGGAAGCUCAACCUCGUCGACAUCAUGACUAUUCUGGGAGCAGCGCAGGGAAGAGUGGUCAACUGCAGCGAGAAGAGGCCUCUAGUGGAGGACAAUAUGAGUCUGGGUACCGUAACGCUUAUCUACACACUUAAACGCAUUCUGCUAGUGGCUAUUUUUGUCUUCAUCAUUUGGGAUGUACAGAAAAUCAUAAAGUAACCUCCAGAUAAAGGCUGUGAAAUGAAAAACAAGUACUCUUAAUGAGGUAGCACAAGCAAUUUCCACUGAACAACACUCAAUAACAGAAACAGGUCAUAUUCAUAUGGACCUGGGGGUUUGAUAAACAUCUACUGUCAGGCCAAAGUCAAGUAAAUUAAAAACAACAUUGUUUAGUGUUUAUUUUAUUUUUGUCUGUUACUUUAUUGCUUUUGAUAAUGCCUUUUGAAGCCAGACUUAACUGCCUUUUUUUCUAAAAGAGCACCUGCUGAUAAUGAGAUAGAUGUGUGGUACUUCCUAGCCCUAACUGCCCUCUCUGUCUCUUCACAGAGCCAAACCACCAGGGGUACCAUGAGUUGAAGGAGACUACACCAUUUAGUAAUUACUAAGCCUCCUAUGGAUUAAAUCAAUGUGAUUACAGAAACAGAAACUCUACAGUAGAUGUUCCUACAAAGGCUGGGGACACCAAUCAUGGGCUUCUACAGUCACAAACACAACACAAAUAACCUCUUUUAGAAGAACAGGGCAGAUUGUUCUGGCUAGAAAUUAAUGAAUCCAUAAAAGUGGAUUUGUCCGUAUUCAGCAUCUGUGAAUCUGUAGCUGCCAUCCUUACUUUGGUCACAUGUUCAGGAGGACAGUAAAGGAAGAAGACAAAGAAGAGAAUGCAAGUGGCUGUUUUUAUUAUGGCGUGAGAACAUGCAGCACAAGUGUCAGUAAAGUAUGUCCCUAUAACACAAAUAUUUGUCAUCAUGACUUGGUUAGAUUGGAGAUUUGUGAGACAUAGGAGUCCUGAGAGUAAUAAGAAACUGUGUGUCAGAUGUGAUGUGUGUAACAUCUGUCAGUGUCAGUAGCACCUGUAGAUUCAACUGUCAUUAACAGUAUGCACUUAUACUGAAGAGUCACGGUAUACAAUAUUGCACUCAUUAUCAUUAUUGCUUUCUUUAUCUAAUAUUUACA